ACUUCUACAUUUUCACAAGACGACCUCGUCCACUAGUUAGCCUAUAUUUUGCUUUGAAAGGCGUGUGGUAUUAAACUGUUGUUUGUAAAAGUAGUCUAUAAAUGUACAUAAUAUGCUUAGGCUAAACCUAGUUUACAUCAGCAGCCUGCAACUUGGUGGGAUCACUACAUUCUUGCAGAAGUCGAAGGCUACCUCUGUUUAUGAAAUAAGACAUGGUUAACCAAGGGCAAGAACAAGAACGAAGAAUGUGGACAUGGGCACUGCUUCCUGUUUUCUUGGCAGUAGGAGGCAUCGUGGGAACAUGGGCAGUAUUUGCCGUUUCAGUGUCAAAUAACACUGUAAAUGUGACUGCCAAAUUCCCUUUCAUCAGUGAGUGUGCCACCAAUCAGCCUGAGAGUGCUUUGUUCUGUCUCUUCUGCAUUGUGUGGACUGUACUUAUAAUCUGGGUGGUGGUGAUCCGGUAUCGGCAGGUGCGUGAGCUGGGUAACCUGUGUCGCCGUGCCAACCUGGCGGCCUUAGUGCUCGGCUUCACUGCUGCUUCCGGGGUCUCAAUCCUUGGCAGCUUCCCGUUGACGGUAUCUCUGGGGGUGCAUCUCUUCGGGGCAUACCUGGCCUUCUUCGUGGGUCUGGCCUACUUCUGGGUGCAGCUGUGGCUCACCUAUAAGGCCGAGCCGUCUCAGGACCGCCGCUGCGUAGGCCCGUGGCGUGCCAGUCUCUGCAGCCUGUGCACCCUGUUUCUCAUCGGUAUGUUCGUCCUGAAACCUGCCGGCUUUAGGUCUUUGUCCGCCAUCAGUGAGUGGGCCAUGGUCAUGGUCUUCUUCAUUCUCUUCGGCUCCUUCGCUGUCGAGUUCCGUCACGUUGACCAUUUCCAGGUAACCGUGCAGAAGCAGAAUGUGACUAAGGAAAACAGUGAUGACACCCUGAACAGAAAUCUGAUGAUUUAGCAACGACCACACCUCUUGUAGAUGUCUCAUGUUGAUUACCAUAGUAUUCCUGUGUAGUUGUUAUGUAAGUUUUACAGUACAUAGGUUUUAUUUAUUUGAUUUUUUAAGAUUUUAUCUUAUUUCUAAAGCAAGUAGAUUUUUAUCUGAUCUUUUUAUUUUAUUAUUUUAGUUCAGGAAGAGACAUAGUUCACAAUCCAAUACUGAGUAUGUCACUGGUCAGUAUAAUAUCAGCUAGUUUAGAAGGUUUACAGGUUUGGGUGGAAUGUUAUUCAUUUUAUAUUUAGUGGAAACCUUGAUCCCAAACGUUUACAUGGGACUUAAAGGACAAAAGGGAAUUUGACAUCAGUAUCAUCAUACCCAUUUGGCAUGUCUGAAAAGAGUUUAGCAGCAAAUAACUAGUCGCUACUUUGGCUAUAAUUGUUUAGGGAAAACAAAUUAUGUUCCAUUUCUUUUUGAAAAUUCUAGUUUUUUUUAAAUGUCACAUAUUAUAAAAGUGUAUGUUUUAUAAAUAAUUAUCUUCUGGA